CUUUUCCUGCGAGAACAGCCCCCCCCCAGUCCAGCCCAGCUCCCCGUAGGCGUGUGUACCAGAAUCACAGUCAUACAGAGGGAGGGAGAGGCCGCCUGAGACCACCCUGCCCCCGGCGACCCGGAGGAUGCCGCUGCGGUGCCGCUGCUAGAGGACACGCUGGGAUUUAGCUCGGCUCCGAGACUCUCUCUCUCUCUCUCCCGCUCUCUCCCUCUCUCCCUUCUCCGCGAAGGGGUCCCGGACGGGAGUGAGGCCCUUCCACCGCCCUCCUCUUCCUCCUCGCCUGCCCGGCCGCGGGAAUCCCCUCUCCAUGAUGCAGGCUCGCUACUCCGUCUCGGACCCCAACGCUUUGGGAGUGGUGCCGUAUUUAAGCGAGCAGAACUACUACCGGGCUGCCGGGACGUACGGCGGCAUGGGCAACCCCAUGAGCGUCUAUUCGGGCCACGCCGAGCAGUACGCGGCGGGCAUGGGGCGCUCCUACGGCCCCUACCACCCGCACCAGCCCACCGCCCCCAAGGACCUGGUGAAGCCACCUUACAGCUACAUCGCCCUCAUCACCAUGGCCAUCCAGAACGCCCCCGACAAGAAGAUCACGCUCAAUGGGAUUUACCAGUUCAUCAUGGACCGCUUCCCUUUCUACCGAGAGAACAAGCAGGGCUGGCAGAACAGCAUCCGCCACAACCUCUCCCUCAACGAGUGCUUCGUCAAGGUGCCCCGCGACGACAAGAAGCCGGGCAAGGGCAGCUACUGGACCCUGGACCCCGACUCGUACAACAUGUUCGAGAACGGCAGCUUCCUGCGCCGCCGGAGACGCUUCAAGAAGAAGGAUGUCUCCAAGGAGAAAGAGGAGGCCCGGGAACGGCUGCUGAAGGAGCAGCCCAAGCCCCCCGGGCUGCCCGGCGCCGACCUCCCCAAGGAAGCCUCCUCCUCCUCUUCCUCUUCCUCCGCCUCGGCGCCGGCCUCCGAGAAGAAGGUGGUGAUCAAGAGCGAGACGGCGUCUCCCGAGCUGCCCGUGAUCACCAAGGUGGAGACGCUGAGCCCGGCCAGCGGCGGGGCAUUGCGGGACAGCCCCCGCAGCGCCGCCUCGCCCCCCGCCGCCGCCGCCUCGCCGGACGCGGCUCUGCCCGAGCAUCACCCGGCCGGCAACGGGCUGCCGGGCUUCAGCGUGGAGAGCAUCAUGACCCUGCGGACUUCCCCCGCGGGGGAGCUGAGCCCGGUGAGUGCCGCCUCGGGCAGGACGGGCGGCGGGCUAGCGCUGGGCUACCCCGCGGGGCAGCCGUCGGGCUACAGCGCGGCGUGCAGCCAGGCGCUGGACACUAGUGGGAGCUACCACUGCAGCAUGCGGGCUAUGAGCCUCUACAGCGGCGACAGGCCGGCGCACAUGUGCGCUCCGCUGGAGGACGGGCUGGCCGAGCAUCCCACCGGCGCCCCGUCGCCCCUGGGCACGCUGAGCUUGCCCGCGGGGCAGGACGGAGCGCUGGGCACGGGGCAUCCCCACGGAGGAGGCGGCGGUGCUGGCGGAGGGGCGGCGGGGGGACAGCCCGCGGCUUCUUGGUACCUGAACCACGGCGCUGAGCUGAGCCACCUGCCCGGGCACACCUUCGGCUCUCAGCAGCAGACUUUUCCCAACGUGCGGGAAAUGUUCACGUCGCACCGGCUGGGGAUGGAGAGCGCGGCGCUGAGCGAGCACCAGGUGAGCAGCAACUCCGCCUGUCAGAUCCCCUACAGAUCCGCGCCCUCCCUAUACCGCCACGCCGCCCCCUACUCCUACGACUGCACUAAGUACUGAGUAACCGCCACCCCCGCUU